AUGGAUUACUAUGACCUUGGAUCAUAUCAUAAACGCGUGAGCACGACCAGAAAAGAGGCUCAAAUCUGGUUUGACCGAGGUCUGAUAUGGACGUAUGGAUUCAACCACGAAGAAGCUGCUGAUUGCUUCGAAAAAGCGAUUGCUAGCGAUGCGGAUUGUGCCAUGGCUUAUUGGGGACUGGCCUUGGUUCUAGGGCCAAAUUACAACAAGCCUUGGGGGACCUUUGAUAAAGAAGAGAUGAAGAGGACCGUUGAUCGAUGUCACAAAGCCUUGGUAUCUGCAACAGCUCUUCAUCAUACCGCUACAGAAGUUGAGGGAGCAUUGAUAAAUGCGCUUCAGUACCGAUACCCGUCACAAGCACCACUUGAAAACUUCUCGACAUGGAAUCAGAAAUACGCAAACGCUAUGGAAAAGGUGUAUUAUAGAUUCGGGGAUGAUCUAGAUGUGGCGACUCUUUACGUGGAUGCGCUGAUGAACUUGACCCCGUGGCAAUUAUGGGAUCUUAAGACUGGGGAACCUGCUGAAGGCUCUCGAACUUUAGACGCGAAAGCAGCUAUUGAAAAGGGACUCAGCACGGAAGAUGGAGUGAAUCAUCCUGGAUUGAUACAUCUCUACAUACAUCUCAUGGAGAUGUCACCCACCCCUGAAGUCGCUCUUACCGUAGCAGACAGACUCCGAGGGCUUGUACCGGAUUCCGGCCACUUGAAUCAUAUGCCUACUCAUCUUGACAUACUAUGCGGCGAUUACAGACGAGCCAUAGCCUCGAAUUCCCGGGCAAUCCUCGCUGACAAAAGAUAUCUUGCCAAAGCCGGACCGUUGAAUUUCUACACUCUUUACCGGUUACACAACUAUCACUUCCGUAUCUACGCAGCAAUGUUCUCAGGGCAGUCAAAGAUCGCUCUUGAAACAAUCAGUGAGGCGGAAGUAUCUGUCCCGGAAGAACUACUUCGUGUCAAAUCGCCACCAAUGGCGGAUUGGCUUGAAGGCUUUUUAGGCAUGCGGGUUCAUAUCCUCAUUCGGUUUGGAUUGUGGCAAGACCUUAUCGAUCUAAAGCUGCCUUCGGAUCAAGCUCUCUAUUGUACAACCACGGCCUUGAUGCACUAUGGCAAAGGUGUUGCGUUUGCAGCAACUGGAAACAUCAAUGAAGCCGCGAAACAACGAAAUCUCUUUGGAGCGGCUGUCGAGAGGGUCCCAGAAAGCCGCACUCUAUUCAACAACAAAUGCAUUGACAUAUUAGCAGUCGCUGCCGCCAUGCUAAAAGGGGAAAUUUCAUACCGACAAGCAAAGUACGACGAUGCAUUCGCAGCCUUAAAGCAAGCCAUCAACCUCGAAGACUCCCUCCCCUUCGACGAGCCCUGGGGUUGGAUGCAGCCCACCAGACACGCGUAUGGUGCGCUUCUUCUUGAGCAAGGCCAUCUCGACGCCGCAGCAGCUGUAUACGCUGCAGAUCUGGGCUUCGACAGCACUUUACCGCGACCACUUCGGCAUCCUAAUAAUGUGUGGUCGCUGCAUGGUUAUCACGAGUGUCUGGUGCGAUUGGGGAGGGAUGCUGAGGCUCGUAUCGUGGAACCGCAGUUGAGGUUGGCUCUUGCGAUCGCUGAUGUUCCGGUGCGUUCAUCGUGCUUUUGUCGCAUUCAGCCGGUGAGGAAGUGUGCAUCCAUGGGGAAUUGUCAGUCGUCGGGAGAGUAA